AUGAACGUUAUUGUGGCUCCAGUAAUCAUUAUGCGGAAAUGGGACUGCGACUUAGAAAAAGAGAAACAAAAAGAGUUGGAAGAAGAUAAAGAUAAAGGCAGAUGCGGCACAAGAAAUUCGACAACAGUCGAUUCUUCAGGUGGUUCGGGCUUCUUGUUUCACCGCCGCAAAGAAGGGAAUGACGAAGAAGAUGUUGCAGAAGGAAUAGCGAAAGAUUUGAUGGAACAUUCGCCGUAUAGUGAUCGUUCCAGCGUAGCGACAAGAUGUGGUUGUGGAAUGCAAACUUGCCGGAAGAAGAGAGGCGGUUUUGACGUCGUUGAAUUAAGUUGUUACUUCCGCAAAAAUUAG